AUAGCUAAUUCUUAAUUGCAAAAAAUCGUUCUUUAGUAGUCUGUGUAAAAUAUAAGGCUAGUAUAGUAUAAUUGAAUAACUAUAAUUAAUAGAAUAACUUAAAGGAAAAAUUAUUAGUAGUAAAUUCGUGUAUUAUUAGUGUAAAUUUAUGAUAAAUUAUUUUUGAUAAUAUAUGAACAACAAACCGCUUCCUCAUUUGUCGUCCACAAUAUUGUGUUCUCGAUAAAUUAUAUAUGUAUAAUAUAUAUAUUUAUUUUGUAAGAUAACUCUCUCGGUGUAUAUUACAUUUUAUAUAGUUGGUGCGAUAUUAAUUUAUUAUAAUAAUUUUCUCACUCCCUUGAAUCCGCUAUUGAUCCCAUAUAUUUAUAAUAUACACACGUACGUUCAUAUAUUUAUAUAAUAUACAAGCGAAAUAACGUCCUAUAGCCGACGUUCGUCUAUAAUCUAUAUGUAUGUAAUAUAUACAGCGCACGCGCGUUAUUUGUCGGCAAAACGUCGACGUCGGUGUAACGACGGUUUUUGCGUUCCGAAAACGAAAAACAAAAUCACUGUCUAUACUAACAGGUGCCGACGUCCUUCGUCGCGGCGGUGUUAGAGUUGUUUUGGUCGCCGUCGUCGCUGUCCCCGUGCCGCCUCGGGACCGUCCAAACCGAGUCGGACGACCAUCUCUCCGCGGUGUGCCGAACAUAACUGCAGUCCGACGCAAGUGCACGAUAAACGGAUGGACAUCGGAUCGGCGGCCGUGGUGGCGGCGGCGGCGGCGACUGCACCGGAAACGACGACGACGACGACGACGAUAACUACGACGCGCCGGUCGGGGCCGGAAGCGUUUCCGGAUCGCGGUGAGCACCAGUGAUGGCCAGCUCAGGUAUGCACGCAGCACUGUACAUACGAGAGAGGCAAAAGAUCCGCGUGAAGAGGAUCCGUAGAGAUAGGUUCCAAUUGCCCAGUCACGUGGCCACCAAGAACAUUGCCCCGUUUCCGGAGUUCCCACCUACGACGUGGAAUAAGACAGCAGCUUCGGUAGCUUGGCCUGGACCAGUCGGUCCGUCUCCAGACAGCGAUGGCACGGCACCAGGCGGUUCCAUCCUCAUACACCUGCCGGCUGACCCACAUAGGAAAUGGUCGAAAAAAAAUAAGAUCCACGACGCACUGUCGUUCGGUGGCGGUGACGACGCCGACCGUCGACUGUACGAGCUGCAGCAGGGCGCGGCGGCCAACACGCUGCUGUACGUGGGACUGUGCUCGGUGGCGCUGGGCCUGAUCAUCGCGUUCGUGGGCACCGGCGAGAAGGGCUUCAAGACGGUCCAGCUCCGGUUCAUCGGGCCCGGCAUGAUCGCCAUCGGCGUGUGCUGUUGCGCCGUCCGCAUCAUGUUGUGCUUCUGUCCGCCGACGUUCUGCUUCAAGCGCCGCCGUCACAAGGGCGGCACUUCCGACAAGAUGGCCGAGUUCUACAAGUACAUGCCGUUCCGAAACCAUCCGCUGACCGGAAACGCCAACGCGGCCUCCGCCGCCGAACCGCUGACCGGAGUCGUGGUCGAGACCGUACCGAUGACGGUCCUGAAACCGGCGCUGAAACGCGUGUCCAUGGCCGCCGACCAGCGACCGCAAAUCGUCUAUCAACAAGCGAAAAGGAUGCCUAAGGCCACUCCAGAAGCAAGUUUGGACAGCAGCAUGGAACAUCUGAUCGAACAGGACGACCAUCUGUACACGAAGGACGAGGUGAGCUCGAACAGAAAUCUUUCCAACCUCAAGUCAACGUUGACAUUCGAGGACUCGUUGAACGUGGCCACCAAAAUGAUGGUUAAAUCGUUCGAGGAGCUGAACAACACGUCUUCCACACCCGGCGCAGAAUCCGCAGACCAGCAUCAACAGCAGGAGCUGGUGCUGAGCGCCGUGAACCUGACAAAGUAGAUUUGCGUGUCGGUCCGCACAAUAUACAAUGCCCACAUACAUAUUAUUAUACCGUAACACAUAAUAUUAUAAUUAUUGUUGUAUUCAGACGAAUUUGGCUGUGACGAUUAACCCCCAUACAUAUAUACCAUUUAUAUAUAUUAUAUUAACAAUUAACUACCUUUACAUAUAUGAGGGUAGAUUCAUAGGGAAGAAUAUUUGAAUUAUAUGGCACUGGGAUGCAAUUACCCCCAGGUAUUCGAGGGGACAAAACAAUACUUUCCAUCCCCCCGAAUACCAUAAAACAGGGUGUGAAGUGGCAAAAGUCCUAUAAGGUUAGUCCAAAACAAUAUUAUUUUAUCGAUGUCAGUUUUUUCAAUUUUCAUUCAUAUAUUUGUAUAACAUUGCACCCCCUAGUAAGUUUGAAACGUGCCGCCUAUGAGUAGGGGUAGUAUAUGUUAUAUGUUAGAGUACGUAUACUUCGUACAUUAAUAUGUAUAAUUUCAAUUUAUUGUACGUUGUUAAAUAUAUAAUAAGAAACCCAACGACACGACGUAUACAUAAUAAUAUAACUAAGGGUUAGAAAUAGUGAGAGAUUUAUUUUAGUUUAAUCGGUUGUCGUAACGUGUAUAUUUCUAAGUGUAGGUAUCUUAUAUAAUAUAUUAGUAAAAGCGUAGAGCCUCAGAGAUAGCCGUAGAUAUAAUAUUAUUAUAAUGUAAUAGUUUUACAUAUACCACCGCCGCCGUUUCGGCCAUGAAAUAUAAAAUAUACACAUUGUGAUAGAUACAUGUCAGCUUAUAGAAGAUUCGUCGUAUACAGUGUAAAUAUUUACAAUAAUACCUAUUUAAUAUUAUACAAAUAUAUUCCUAUACAAUAUACCUAAUUUUUGGUGUUUAUACAGCAUCCGACUAUAUAAUAUCGCAUUAUACAUCUCACUCUACAUAAAUAAAACUGCCGACUUAUUUACAUGAUAUUUAAAUUAUUGUAUGCGUGUAUUGUGUACAAUAUAAUACGAGGACGCGUAUUAGUACUAAAUCGUGUUAAGUAUAAUGUUAUAUUAUUAUACCUACGGUGUAUCCACAGGCCACGCAAUAACGCGGACACUCGUUUAAUGCAAUUAUUGUUAUGUUUUAUUAUGUAGGUAUAUAUUAUAUUAUAUAUUACAUUAUUUAUAUACCCAUUUUCGUUUGUAUCGGAUGAAAAUUAUUUAAAAAUUGUUUAUGUUUAAAGUAUUAUGUAAGUGCAUGCAUAUAACGUGUUGUUAACAACUAACGAUAAAAAAAAAUAUAUAUAAAAAAAUAUCUAAAAAAAAAUGUUUAUAAAGAAUACAUCCUUCAAGAAAAAAUUGUUUUAUUUUGGACUUUUUAGUUGUGCAACGUCGUAUUACAUAUAUAUAUAUUAUAAGCUUUUACCCGGACAUACGUAUAAUACGUAACAAUACUUCGAUAACCUAAUUUUAUAAUAUUCAACGUAUAUACCUAUAUAUAUCUUAUAUACACAUAAAUAUAUAUGCUUGAGUAAUAUGUAUAUAAAACAUAAUGUUAUUCGUUCCGUAAUAUUUCCUCCGGGUUGUAUAGGUAUGAACAUCGAACAAGGGAAAAACACAUUAUAACAACAAAGCAGUAAUUUUACACGGUCUAUGGAAACUUUAAAUAACAACCUCCAAUAUCCAUUUAUACUUAAAGUUUACCUAUACACAUUACAUAUAGUAUGGUUAAGUCAUGGGAGCUGCGAGAGGACUGCAGGUCUGCCAAAAAUCCUUUCAGUAAAAAUAAACCAAAAACCGUCAUACUCGUAAUAUCAAACUUAUGAGUAACCUUACAGUUUAACUAGGUCUUAUAUAACAAAUUUUCAACCUUAAGCCCUCUCCCAAUAAAAGAAAAGAAAAGAAAUCCUGGCUAGGCGACUCGCUACCAAUGCAGACGGUAAUCAGUACUGUGAAAAACGGAACCAGUGGCAGUGGUAACCAAUUUCAUAAAAGAAUUAUUUUCACUGUGAAUCAAUUAAAUUUUUAAAAGAGAUCGGGAGUAAUAAUAUUAUCCAUGACAUAGUAUAGUGGUUACCACCUUUUUAUUCAACGCCCCCCUUGUAGCUUUCAAAAUCUUACUCCCUCCCUUAAAUUAAAGUUUAGAUGACCUUUUUUUUUUAAUGAGCCUUAAAAAUACAUUUUACAAAAUAACCAUAUACCUACUCGUUUU